GCUGCAGGGCUCUGGCCCUGCCUCCAGUGCCGCACCAGAUAAAAGCUUUGCCCUUGGCAGGAAACGCCUCAAAGCUGCGGAUCCUCUUCUCCCACAGCUCCCACUCUAAGCUCUGAAGCAACACAGGCUGCACAGGACAUCAUGGUGCGACGCGUGGCUGUGGUGGGUGCAGGCAUCAGUGGGUUGGCAGCCACCAAGUGCUGUCUGGAAGAGGGGCUGGAACCCACCUGCUUUGAGCAGAGCGAGGACAUCGGGGGGCUCUGGCGCUACACGGAAAAGCCAGAGGAAGGCAGAGCUAGCAUCUACCGCACUGUCUUCACCAAUUCUUGCAAGGAAAUGAUGUGCUACCCUGACUUCCCUUUCCCCGAUGACUACCCCAACUACAUACACAACACACGGCUCCAUAAGUACAUCCGUGACUAUGCACAGCAUUUUGACCUUCUCCGGCACAUCCGCUUCAAGACCUUGGUCACCAAGAUAAGGAAGCGUCCUGACUUCAGUGCUACGGGGCAGUGGGAAGUGGUUACACAGAAAGACGGGAAGGAAGAGGCAGCGGUUUUUGAUGCUGUUAUGGUUUGCUCUGGGCACCAUGUCUACCCAAACCUCCCCCUUGCCCACUUCCCAGGGAUAGAGAAGUUUAAAGGCUGCUACUUACACAGCCGGGAGUACAAGGGGCCGGAAAAGUUCAGAGGGAAGAAGGUGCUGGUGGUCGGCUUGGGCAACUCUGGCUGUGACAUUGCUGUGGAGCUCAGCACCGUGGCCUCACAGGUUUACCUGAGCUCCAGAAGGGGCUCUUGGGUGAUGAGUCGUGUCUGGAACUUUGGCUACCCCUGGGACAUGCUGCUCAUCACCCGCUUCUGGACGUGGCUGGACAACUUUAUCCCCAAGGCAGUCAGUGACUGGCUCUAUGUCAGGAACAUGAACCAGCAGUACAAACAUGAGGACUUUGGGCUCAUGCCAGUGGAUGGAACAUCCCGCAGGGAACCAGUGUUGAAUGAUGACAUCCUCAGCCGCAUCACGUGUGGUGUGGUGCUGAUAAAGCCAAGUGUGAAGGAAUUCAGAGAAACGUCAGUCUUGUUUCAAGAUGGGACUGUGCAGGACGACCUUGAUGCAGUUAUCUUUGCCACUGGUUACUCUCACUCCUUUCCUUUCAUGGAGGACAAAUCCAUCAUUAAAAGCAGGGAACAUGAGAUUUCCCUCUACAAAUGCAUUGUUCCUCCUCAGCUGGAGAAGCCAACCAUGGCAGUCAUUGGGAUGGUCCAGUCCUUUGGGUCUGCCAUCCCAACAGCAGACGUCCAGUGCCGCUGGGCAGUCAAGGUGUUUCAGGGGCUCUGCAAGCUCCCCUCAGUCAGCGAGAUGCUGGAGGAGAUAGAAGAGAGGAAGAGUUAUAGGAUCAAAUGGUUCGGGACAAGCAACACGCUGCAGAUGGAUUACAUCACCUACAUGAAUGAGCUGACCUCAGACAUCGGUGCAAAGCCCAACGUGCUCAAGCUCCUGUUGACAGACCCACUACUGGCCCUGAAGGUCUUCUUUGGCCCCUGCAGCCCCUACCAGUUCCGCCUGACAGGGCCAGGGAAGUGGAGUGGAGCCAGGAGAGCCAUCUUCACCCAGUGGGACCGGACGCUGAAGCCCACGAGGACACGUGAAGCCCCCCCUGCCAGCAGUACAGUCCCCAGUCUGCUGGUGGUAGGGAUACUCUUUCUCCCGCUUCUCCUUCUCCUCACUGUUCUCUAUUGGUAGGGGGGUGGGGAGGGCUGCAGGCGUACCGAGUAGCUUCUGUGUACGGGAUGCUUUCUGCUGACCACCGUUUGUGCUGCUGCCUGACUCCUUGCCCAGCUAAUUCAUUGAGAGCUCCCCUAUAUAUAAUAUACAGCUAUAUAAACUGGUGUAACCUCGGUGCCUUGUGAAUUUGGGACCUUUCACAGCUGUGGCUAUGACAAAGUAUAAAAGUGUCAUCUCGUGAUUUUAUCUCUAAAUGCAUGUUCAGUGUGUGGUGCAAUUGCUUCAAUUCCACCUUUCUACAGACUUUUCCUAUAGUGGAGAAAUGGCGAUCACACAUUUGCCUGUUCAGUAAAUGUUUUGGUGUAAAGCAUAUGCUCUGGGCUAAACAAGCUUGCCUGCACUGGCCCUUCUGAGCAGACAGAGGUACCUGGGCUGGGUGACAUCCCAACCCGCUGCUGUGGCUUUAGCAGAGCAGGGAUGUGCCCUGUGACAGAAAUGUCUUUGGCUCUGUGCAGCACUGCUCAACAGCAGCUAAAACAUCCCUGAGUUACCAGUGCUAGUUUCCUUCUAAAGCCAAAACACAGCAUCAUACCAGAUACUAUGAAGAAAAAAUCAAUUCUGUCCCAGCUGAAAUGUGGAUAUGCUCAUCAUUUCAGAUAAGAGGACAAGUGAUUUUACUCUUCAUUUAGCAUUGUGAAUUGUAUUGCAUUUUGUGAUCAAUACGUGCUAUGGGCUGCAGGCUGAGCCAGGCAUCAGGCUUGAUGUGGGAAAUAACUCUAAACUGAGCAUUAAUAGCAAAAUGCUUAAACUAACUGCUAUGGAUAAUAAAAACAGAAGUAGCCAUUCAGUUGUGAAUUCCAGACAGCCCUUACUUCUUUCUUUAUUGCUGUACCUAGAAAGUAAGGGCUGGUUAUGACAUCUCCAUGGGCACAGUGCUUUCCUCAAGGGUGAAACCUGGAAUAAAACAUCAGAAUGCACA